UCUCUCUCCAAUAAUAUGGCCCGAAAUGUCCGUACGACCUUUCUUUACGUGUUGGUCUUAAUCGCCUUCUUGGCCUCUAUCUCUCACCGUCUUUUUCGCGAUUUCAUCUCCGGCGAGGAGUUCCGUCCACCCUCCGUCCCUCUCAAAGGCCCACAACCCAACCUAGCCAAUCACGCUAUCCAUGAAAACCUCACUCACCAGACCAUCCCUCACCUCACUGGUCACGACGUGUUUUCCUCCUUAUCCUCAUCAUCGUCGUCAAUCUCCACCGUCUCAAUUUUAUUGCCGGGUUGGGAAGUCCUCGUUAUUCUGUCGCCGGAGACUACGCUGCCACAAGCCAUCGUUCCCCUGGAUCUGACCCACAUUCCAGCUUCCCAAACAAACUACAACUCCAUCUCAAAAACCACCCUCCUCUCUCCCUCUCUCUUUCUCUCUCUCUCCAAUAAUAUGGCCCGAAAUGUCCGUACGACCUUUCUUUACGUGUUGGUCUUAAUCGCCUUCUUGGCCUCUAUCUCUCACCGUCUUUUUCGCGAUUUCAUCUCCGGCGAGGAGUUCCGUCCACCCUCCGUCCCUCUCAAAGGCCCACAACCCAACCUAGCCAAUCACGCUAUCCAUGAAAACCUCACUCACCAGACCAUCCCUCACCUCACUGGUCACGACGUGUUUUCCUCCUUAUCCUCAUCAUCGUCGUCAAUCUCCACCGUCUCAAUUUUAUUGCCGGGUUGGGAAGUCCUCGUUAUUCUGUCGCCGGAGACUACGCUGCCGUCAGAUAUAAAUGAAUUUACUUGUCUCUUUCCAAACAACGUAUAUUCUCCGGCGAAACCAGCUGGAGAAUUAUAUUUUCCUAAUAGAACGAUUUUCACGUGUGAAUUACCGAAGAGAGUCCGGCGUCGAUUGCCUUUUCGCCAGCCAAUUUUGACCAAAUCGAAGGAGAGUCCGCUCGAGAUUAAAUCCCCGGCACCGGAGUUGCUGCGGUGGAAUCAUGUCGUGUACGACUCUCUUACCACCGAAGACGACGUCGUUGUCUUCGUAAAAGGCCUAAACAAUCGCCAAGGCAGUGAUCGAGACCCAAAAGGGUUCAAGUGCGUUUUUGGUGAUGACGAAAUUAACGGCGUGAGAACAGCUGUCACGAGCUCAGUGCAAGAAGUGUUCCGGUGUCAACGCCCGGAUUUGACGGCCCUUUCUCCUUCUGGCGAGAAGAGAAUCAAAGUCUCAAUCGAAAAUUCCGACGUAAACCUGGUACUCCCUUCGCUUGCAUACUACACACCCGCGCGCAAGGUAGCCGUGAAGGAUGAAAAAUCGCUGCUGUGCGCAUGUACCAUGGUGUACAACGUGGCCAAGUUCUUGAAAGAAUGGGUUAUCUAUCAUUCAAAAAUCGGGGUUGAUAAGUUCAUAUUGUAUGAUAAUGACAGCGAUGAUGAUUUGAAGGAAGUUGUUGAAGAGCUUGUCCAAGAGGGUUAUGAUUUGAAUACAUGGCUUUGGUUUUGGCCUAAAACACAAGAGGCUGGUUUUUCUCAUUGUGCUUUGUAUGCUAAGAACUCUUGUACAUGGAUGACAUUCAUCGAUGUCGAUGAGUUCAUAUACUCUCCUUCAUGGUCCAAUUAUUCGUCAAAACCCUCUAAAUCCAUGUUGCAAUCUUAUUUGCAAAUGCCCAAAAGUUACUCAAACAAUCGUAACGGAGGAGAAUUGUCGUUGUCGUCAUCAUCAUCUUCAUUGUUGGUGCCUUCAUCGAAGCCACUUAUUGGGCAAUUUAUAAUUGGCUGUCAUGAAUUCGGGCCAUCGAAUCAGUUGUCUAAUCCAAUAUCGGGAGUGAUGCAAGGGUACAAUUGUCGGAGGAAAAUGGAGAACCGGCAUAAGUCUAUAGUGUUGUUGGAGGCCGUCCAUGACUCGUUGCUUAACGUGAUCCACCAUUUUCGAUUGAAGGAAGGUUACAGGACGAGGAAAAUUAGCAUUCAAGAGAUGGUGGUGAAUCACUAUAAGUUCCAGGCGUGGCCCGAGUUUAAGGCCAAGUUUAGGAGACGGGUGUCGGCUUAUGUUGUGGAUUGGACACUAAGGACUAAUCUCAAUUCGAAUGACAGGACUCCUGGCUUAGGGUAUACACCCCUUGAGCCACAGGGGUGGCCUCAGAAAUUUUGUCAAGUAUAUGAUAAUGGGUUGAAAGAGUUGGCACAGAGAUGGUUCGGGGGCUAGUCACCAUCCGGGUACUGCAUGGUUUUGCAGAGAUGAUCCAGGGAGACGUCAAGGAACUUGAGUAGAGGUUCAAACUCUUCAGUUAACUGAUUCCAACUUUCUAGGAUGGUUUCGCCACAAGGUAAUGCUAGACUGAUAAAAAAAUGGAGAUAUUGGCUCAACUUCAUGUAGGGGCAAGCUGCAAAUGGAGUGUAAGGGUGGUACACAAAGCAUAUAGGAAAGGAAUAUAGACCGGCCUAAAGAAUAGAAUAGUUUUUAAUCUUACUCCUCCUUUUAAUCUGAUUCUUCUACUAAUUCUGUUGUAUGUUAGGACUUAGGAACUUUUUAUUUCUCUAUUCUUUGAUUCUUUGUAGCAGAAUCAUAGGACCUUCAUAUUUAAGAGAACAGGUUGGUAAAUGCUG